AUGAGCUUCCUCAGCCGGCAGCAGCCGCCGCCGCCCCGCCGCGCCGGGGCCGCCUGCACAUUGCGGCAGAAACUGAUUUUCUCGCACUGCAGCGACUGUGAAGAGGAAGAGGAGGAAGAGGAGGAGGAGGGCAGCGGCCACAGUACGGGGGAGGACUCGGCCUUUCAGGAGCCCGACUCGCCGCUGCCGCCCGCGCGGAGCCCCGCCGAGCCCGGGCCCGAGCGCCGCCGCUCACCCGGCCCGGCCCCCGGCAGCCCCGGGGAGCUGGAGGAGGACAUGCUGCUGCGGGACGCCUGCCCAGGCGCGGACGGGGCGGGCGGCGGGGCCGAGGGCGACUCAUGGGAGGAGGAGGGCUUCGGCUCCUCGUCGCCCGUCAAGUCGCCGGCAGCUGCCUAUUUCCUGGGCAGCUCGUUUUCGCCGGUGCGCUGCGGCGGCCCGGGGGACGCGUCGCCGCGGGACUGCAGGGCGGCCGAGGGCCCCUGCUCGCCGCUGCCGGACCACCCGGGCACCCCGCCGCACAAGACCUUCCGCAAGCUGCGGCUCUUCGACACGCCGCACACGCCCAAGAGUUUGCUCUCCAAAGCUCGAGGAAUAGAUUCCAGUUCUGUUAAACUCCGGGGUGGUUCUCUCUUCAUGGAUACAGAAAAAUCAGGAAAAAGAGAAUUUGAUGUGCGACAGACCCCUCAAGUGAAUAUUAAUCCUUUUACUCCGGAUUCUCUGUUGCUUCAUUCCUCAGGACAGUGUCGCCGAAGAAAGAGAACAUAUUGGAAUGAUUCCUGUGGUGAAGACAUGGAAGCUAGUGAUUGUGAGUUUGAAGAUGAAACAAGACCUGCUAAGAGAAUUACAAUUACUGAAAGCAAUAUGAAGUCACGGUAUACAACAGAAUUUCAUGAGCUAGAGAAAAUUGGCUCUGGAGAAUUUGGUUCUGUGUUUAAGUGUGUCAAGAGGCUGGAUGGAUGUAUUUAUGCCAUUAAGCGAUCAAAAAAGCCAUUGGCCGGCUCUGUUGAUGAGCAGAAUGCUUUGAGAGAAGUAUAUGCUCAUGCAGUGCUUGGACAGCAUUCUCAUGUAGUGCGAUAUUUCUCUGCAUGGGCAGAAGAUGAUCAUAUGCUUAUACAGAAUGAAUAUUGUAAUGGUGGAAGUUUAGCUGAUGCCAUAAGUGAAAACUACAGAACCAUGAGUUACUUUACAGAAGUAGAUUUGAAGGAUCUCCUUUUGCAAGUUGGCCGGGGCUUGAGGUAUAUUCAUUCGAUGUCUUUGGUGCACAUGGAUAUAAAACCUAGUAAUAUUUUCAUAUCUCGAACCUCAAUACCAAAUGCUGCCUCUGAAGAAGGAGAUGAAGAUGAUUGGGCAUCCAACAAAGUUAUGUUUAAAAUAGGGGAUCUUGGGCAUGUAACAAGGAUCUCUAGUCCACAAGUUGAAGAGGGUGAUAGUCGUUUUCUUGCAAAUGAAGUUUUACAGGAGAAUUAUAACCAUCUACCAAAAGCAGAUAUUUUUGCCCUUGCCCUCACAGUGGUCUGUGCUGCUGGUGCCGAACCUCUUCCCAGAAACGGAGACCAAUGGCAUGAAAUCAGACAGGGUAGAUUACCUCGGAUACCACAAGUGCUUUCUCAAGAAUUUACAGAGUUGCUAAAAGUUAUGAUUCAUCCAGAUCCAGAGAGAAGACCUUCAGCAAUGGCACUGGUAAAGCAUUCAGUAUUGCUAUCUGCUUCUAGAAAGAGUGCAGAACAAUUAAGAAUAGAAUUGAAUGCUGAAAAGUUCAAAAAUUCACUUUUGCAGAAGUAAGAAAAGCUAAAUGACCCUAAUUUUCAAUAGUUCAAAGGUCUCUGGAGUAAGGAAAAAUAUCUAUGGGCCGCACAGCCGCGGCAGGUGCCGGUCCAGAGCCCGAGCCCCACCGCGCCCCGGCCGCCGCGGGGCACAGCGCGCGGCUCCUGCACAGGGCUGCACGCAGUGCGCUCCGCAGGUCCGGGCCAUGAGCCGCGACGGCGCCGGGGCGCGCCCAGGAGAGGGAGCUCGCGGGCAGGGCAUUCCGCGGAUAGCCGCCGCGGGGGCCGGCCACCCACGCGGGGGCCCUCGGCUGCGGGAUGCGACCGGAGUGCCUCGGUGACUGCGCCUAGCGCCUGGGAGCACGCUGGAGCAGCCAGACAUCUCAGAGGUGGGAAGAGUGAAGUGGAUCAGCGGCUGCUCUUCCGGCACAUACUGCUCUUUCGCUGCUCGGGAGCUCUGGGCCUGCCUUGGGUCAAGAAGGGCACAAAUGCUGGAUCAGAGCACCGAAGCUUCCCGAACAACAGCGUAGGGCAGCUGUGCAGCUGA